AUGACCUCAGAUGUACAUUGUCAACAGUUCCAGCAGUUCCUCUACCAUGAGUCCGAUGGACCUCGAAAGAUGUGGGCCUCAUCCAGGAAGAAAGAAGCUGCAUUCCCUGAGGCGGAAGGAGCUUCCUUGGAGCAGGGGCAGAGAGCGCAGGCUGUGGAGCGUGUCCAAGAUGCUCUUUCCCUUUCCUGUGGCAGUGAAGAGAUGCUGUUGAAUCGUUGUCUUUUCAGAAGUGUGGAAACGGCUGCUGCGUCUACAGUCCAGGAGGAGGUGUCCGUCUCUUUCACGGAGGCAGAAUGGGCCCUGUUGGAUCCAGACCAGAGAGCACUGUACAGGGAAGUCAUGCUGGAGAUCUAUAGGAAUGUGGCGUCUCUGGGCCUGUGGGAACAAUUCGAGUGUGGAAAGACAUUCAGUGACAAGAGCAGUCUUAAACAGCAUCAGAGAACCCACACAGGGGAGAAACCUUUUGCAUGCUUAGUAUUUGGAAAGACGUUCAGUGACAAAAGCAGUCUUCAACAACAUCAGAGAACCCACACAGGGGAGAAACCUUUUGAAUUCACAGAGUGUGGAAAGAGAUUCAGUCACAGUGGCACUCUUCAAAAGCAUCAGAGAACCCACACAGGGGAAAAAACUUUUGAAUGCACAGAGUGUGGAAAGAAAUUCAGUCGUAGCAGCAAUCUUCAAAAGCAUCAGAGAACCCACACAGGAGAGAAACCUUUCGAAUGCUCAGAGUGUGGAAAGAGAUUCAGUCAGAGUGGCACUCUUCAAAAGCAUCAGAGGACCCACACAGGAGAGAAACCUUUUGCAUGCUCAGCGUGUGGAAAAAGAUUCAGUCACAGCAGCACCCUUCAACUGCAUCAGAGAACCCACACAGGAGAGAAACCUUUUGAAUGCUCAGAAUGUGGGAAGAGAUUCCGUCAGAGUGGCAGUCUUCAACAGCAUCAGAAAACCCACACAGGGGAGAAACCUUUUGAAUGCUCAGAGUGUGGAAAGAGAUUCAGUCACAGUGGCAAUCUUCAAAAGCAUCAGAGAACCCACACAGGGGAGAAACCUUUUGAAUGCUCAGAAUGUCGAAAGAGAUUCAGACAGAGUGGCACUCUUCAACAACAUCAGAGAACCCACACAGGAGAGAAACCUUCUGAAUGCUCAGAGUGUGGAAAGAGAUUCAGUCAGAGUGGCAACCUUCAACUGCAUCAGAGAACCCACACAGGGGAGAAACCUUUUGAACGCUCAGAGUGUGGAAAGAGAUUCAGUCAGAGUGGCACUCUUCAACAACAUCAGAGAACCCACACAGGAGAGAAACCUUUUGAAUGCUCAGAGUGUGGAAAGAGAUUCAGUCAGAGUGGCAACCUUCAACUGCAUCAGAGAACCCACACAGGGGAGAAAGCUUUUGAAUGCUCAGAAUGUGGAAAGAGAUUCAGUCGCACUGGCACUCUUCAACAGCAUCAGAGAACCCACAAAGGAGAGAAACCUUUUGAAUGCUCAGAGUGUGGAAAGAGAUUCAGUCACAGUGGCACUCUUCGAAAGCAUCAAAGGACCCACACAGGAGAGAAACCUUUUGCAUGCUCAGCGUGUGGAAAAAGAUUCAGUCACAGCUGUACCCUUCAAAAGCAUCAGAGAACCCACACAGGAGAGAAACCUUUUGAAUGCUCAGAAUGUGGAAAGAGAUUCCGUCAGAGUGGCAAUCUUCAACAGCAUCAGAGAACCCACACAGGGGAGAAACCUUUUGAAUGCUCAGAGUGUGGAAAGAGAUUCAGUCAGAGGGGCCAUCUUCAAAAGCAUCAGGGAACCCACACAGGGGAGAAACCUUUUGAAUGCUCAGAAUGUGGAAAGAGAUUCAGUCACAGUGGCACUCUUCAACAACAUCAGAGAACCCACACAGGAGAGAAACCUUUUGAAUGCUCAGAGUGUGGAAAGAGAUUCAGUCAUAGUGGCAACCUUCAACUGCAUCAGAGAACCCACACAGGGGAGAAACCUUUUGAAUGCUCAGAGUGUGGAAAGAGAUUCAGUCAGAGUGGCAGCCUUCAAAAGCAUCAGGGAACCCACACAGGGGAGAAACCUUUUGAAUGCUCAGAAUGUGGAAAGAGAUUCAGUCACAGUGGCACUCUUCAACAACAUCAGAGAACCCACACAGGAGAGAAACCUUUUGAAUGCUCAGAGUGUGGAAAGAGAUUCAGUCAUAGUGGCAACCUUCAACUGCAUCAGAGAACCCACACAGGGGAGAAACCUUUUGAAUGCUCAGAGUGUGGAAAGAGAUUCAGUCAGAGUGGCAGCCUUCAACUGCAUCAGAGAACUCACACAGGGGAGAAAGCUUUUGAAUGCUCAGAAUGUGGAAAGAGAUUCAGUCACAGCGGCAAUCUUCAAAAGCAUCAGAGAACUCACACAGGGGAGAAGCCUUUUGAAUGCUCAGAGUGUGGAAAGAGAUUCAGUCACACUGGCACUCUUCAAAAGCAUCAGAGAACCCACACAGGAGAGAAACCUUUUGAAUGCUCAGAGUGUGGAAAGAGAUUCACUAACAGUGGCACUCUUCAAAAGCAUCAGAGAACCCACACAAGGGAGAAACCUUUUGAAUGCUCAGUAUGUGGAAAGAGAUUCAGUCAGAGUGGCAACCUUCAACUGCAUCAGGGGACCCACACAGGGGAGAAACCUUUUGAGUCCUUAGAGUGUGCAAAGGGAUGA